AUGGCUUCCGUACACUCCCGGCCGUCACCGAACUCCUCAUCCUCCUACGAAUUCGAGUCUGUCCCCGAUGACGAAUCAUGGCAGUACAUCGACUACACAGCAACGGGCUCUGGCCCAUCAUCUAUUGGGUUUCUUUCUGAUCCCGCCAGUGGAAGCCUAGGAAGCUUCGCCAUGGUUGGAAAUGUCCAUGGAACGCCAUCUCCCUUCAUGCCAGGCAAUACACCCUCACCCUAUGCUGCCGGCAACACUCCUCCACCAUAUACCUCUACGAACAAUUCAUCGCCCUUUAUGCUUGGAAACACACCUUCACCAACAGCUGCCUCUCCCCUGUUACUAGAAGAGAUGGACCCAAGCGCAUUCUUUGCCACCAAUGCCUCUUCAUUCCAGCCUCAAGCAAGCAAUACCAAUACAGACAUAUUUGCUUCCACAACAGACGGUGGAUUCACUCAGCCGCAAGACUUCUUGACACCGCAGCAGUAUCUCUUCUCACAGCAAAAUGCGAACCAGUUCCAACCUCAGGGCUUGAAUGGUAUGCUGAAGCGGAGGACGGCCUCCCCUCAAGGGCAGGAUACUGAUGCUGCUGCAGACAUGGCUCUCAUGCAAAACUUCACAGCCGACAUGUUCUCGAUAGACACGAACGAACAGGUUCAGGUACCCCAAGUCAACUUUAACAUGCAGCAGCCACUACAGUCAGAUCCUAAUGUUCCGCCAUGGAACCCUACGAACACAAGGGGUAAUGAUGCUAUCUUCAUCAUGGAUGACUUCAACAACUCCCCAUCACCCGUGAGCAAUUACUCUCCGAGCUCGAUGAACAGUUCAAAAGCAAGCCCCGGCGGCAGCAAGUCUCCGGUAUCGAUACCGAUUCGAAAGGUGAAGGUCGGGAAGGUCGAGAAGAAGAAGAAGGCAGAACAAUCUGGCAAGUUUGUCAUUGUGACUCCUAACUCCAUCUCAGCCCACGCUGGUCGCGAGAACCCGUUCGAGUGCUUCGAAGCUAUGAACCGGACAAGUCAGCGAGGACGUAAAGGACCUUUGGCAAAUGCCACAAAGGAGAAUGCCCUGCAAGUCAGGAGACAGGGUGCUUGUUUCUGCUGCCACAGUCGCAAGGUCAAAUGCGACCUGGAACGUCCGUGCAAGAGCUGCAAGAAACUAAUGGUUCAAGUUCCUCAGGUGGUCUGUUGGCAGUUCAGUGACUUCGUAACCAUUCUAUUUCCCGUAUACAUUCGCGGUCAUCUGGAAAGCAAAGAGAUGGCCAAGUUCACCAGAGAGAACAUUGCGGGAUUCCAUAUUCAGGGGGUAGAGCAGGUAUGCUCUGUUGAACUAUUCUCGGGACCCCGAUUCAGCACAGUGUUGGCCCUACAAGCCAAGUUCUUUACCCCUACCAACGCCGAGGUGCAGAAUCACUGGCAGCUGCACAACUUGGGACAGAAUAAGGUUGAGCUGAGGGCCAACAAGGCAGCCAACCUUGGUGUCGACCUCGAGAAGUCCGCCGAGAGGGACAACCUCAGGAAACGGACCAAGAGAUACAUCCAAGACCUCCUGAAUGAGCCAGAAUUUGUCGCCCAGGUCACAGAUAGCAUCACAAGCACAUACCUGCCGGCGAAACUGCUGCGGAUCGUCAAGGAGUAUGCUGACGAGACCGAGACGACCGACUCCCUUCGAUCCGUCGGUAUGAUCGAGCAGGGCCCCAACUAUGCCACCGCACGAGUCCUCGCACGACAGAUCAAGUCCAUCGUAGAUGAGCUGAUGCAUCGCGAGGUACAAUCACUAUUCGAACUCUUCAACCGAUCGCUCAAGCCGAAGUCCCGACGCGAGUGGGCACCCUGCACCGCCGCCUUUCUCGUCCUCUGCCUUUUCAUGGAGGCUGUAGAGACGGCAGCUGACACGUUUGUGCUCGCCCAGAACGAAAUCAACAUGAGGAACAGCGCCAGACCGGAGUACGAAAGAAGCCUUGCGCUGAAUACCUGUGCUGAGGUCGAGAACAUGCCUUUCAAGCAGUUCGCUUACCAGUUCCACCAAGUUUAUCAGACGCACAGCAAGGAGGCCAACUCGAAAGGUUUCAACCCUGUGCUUGACAGCAGCUUUGCCGAAAAGGGCGAGCUGGACGGACCGGCUGUCAGGUUCUCGGCUCAACUGCGAGAACUAUUGUUCGGCGACAGCUGGCAAGAGUUGCAGUUUCUAGCAGCCACCGACAUGAUACCCAACACGUCGACUCAUCCUUUCCCCAUGGAUCCGCAGACAUUGUAUACAGGGCGCCUCGUGGCCAGGUUUCUCAUAUCGUUCCAGGACGAGAGAAGUAUUUUCGAGGACCUUGUCUGA